CUCCGCUCUUUGAGCGAAGAUGGCGGGGCCGACAGCCUCGGACGUGCCCCAGACGAUGCCGGUCAAGAUAUUCUCAGCUGGCGUGGCGGCCUGUGUGGCGGAUGUGAUCACCUUCCCGCUGGACACGGCCAAAGUCCGGCUCCAGAUCCAAGGUGAAUGCCAGACCUCCAGAGCCAUUAGGUAUAAAGGUGUCCUGGGUACAGUCACCACUCUGGCAAAAACUGAAGGGCCAAUGAAACUCUAUAGUGGGCUGCCUGCUGGUCUCCAGAGACAAAUAAGCUUUGCCUCUCUUAGGAUCGGCCUCUAUGACACCGUCCAGGAGUUCUUCAGCACAGGGAAAGAAACAACAGCUAGUUUAGGAAGUAAGAUUGCAGCUGGUCUGACAACUGGAGGAGUGGCAGUGUUCAUCGGGCAACCCACAGAGGUCGUGAAGGUCAGACUUCAAGCACAGAGCCAUCUGCAUGGUCUCAAACCUCGCUACACUGGGACUUACAAUGCUUACAGAAUCAUAGCGACAACAGAAGGCCUGACAGGCCUUUGGAAAGGGACUACUCCCAAUCUGACAAGAAAUGUCAUCAUCAAUUGUACAGAGCUAGUUACAUACGACCUAAUGAAGGAGGCCCUUGUGAAAAAGAAGCUCCUAGCAGAUGACUUACCCUGCCACUUCGUGUCAGCUCUUAUCGCUGGAUUUUGCACAACAGUCCUGUCCUCACCAGUGGAUGUGGUAAAAACCCGAUUUGUUAAUUCUCCACCAGGACAGUACACGAGUGUGCCCAACUAUGCCGUGACAAUGCUCACUAAGGAAGGACCAUUGGCUUUUUUCAAAGGAUUUGUACCUUCCUUCUUGCGACUCGGAUCCUGGAACGUCAUUAUGUUUGUGUGCUUCGAACAGCUGAAACGAGAACUGAUGAAGUCAGGGCAGACUGUGAACUGUGCCACAUAA